AUGGUUGAACGCUUACACCGCUGGAUUAAAACAGCCCUCAAGUCUGUAUCCCCCGCUUCCUGGACCGACGCCCUCCCCCUCAUCCUGCUGUCCCUUAGGGCCACCGUCAAGGAGGACCUGCAGUGCUCACCCGCACAGAUGGUUUACGGGACUACUUUACGCCUGCCUGGCGAAUUCUUUGCGCAUCCCUCGCCAAUCGUCCAUACCGACUCGACAACCUACCCUGAACGCCUGCGCACGGUCAUGCAAGCCCUACCAGCCUUCCGACCCCGCUCACCUGCGCAGCCCUUCACCUAUCGCCACCCCCUUCUUGAAACGGCUUCUCACGUCUUCAUUCGCCAUGACGCGCCCCGAAAGCCUUUGCAGCCCACAUAUGACGGUCCCUACAAGGUUCUGCAGCGGUCACCGAAACAUUUCACGCUUCAGCUCGCUGGCCGCCAAGACACGGUAUCUAUUGACGGGCUGAAGCCGGCCUUCAUCGAAAGCCCCGUUGACGUGUCUCUUGCCACCACGCCUCCCAGUUUGCCUCCACAUCAAUUUCUUCCAGAAGACACCCCGCAGCCAGUUCCCCGUCGCCAUGUUCAUUGGGCUCGUCCCCUCAGCACCACUCACCACUGA